GGAAACUUGAGGGGCGCAGCGCAGUUUGUGCUCUCCACAGCUGGAGAGAGAGGGAGAUAGUGAGACUGAGAGAGAGUUUGAGAGAGAGAGAGAGAGAGAGAGAGAGAGAGAGAGAGAGAGAUCGCGAAUCCCUUUGAAAGUCUAGGGCAGGAGAAUGGCGAAGGGGCAGAAUGCUUCCCUUUCGAGACUGCAAAUGUGAGCCCAUUAUCAUCACCGGCGGAAAACACUUUAUCUGUGCCGUGAAAACCGGAGAAACUUGAAAACAACUGAGGGACCGGAGCUGAGGGCAGCGCGAGGUGUCCUGUGCCCUCUCGUCUCGAAAUGAACUGUCAGUCGGGACUGCGAUGGUUGGUAACUUUAUGCGCUUUCUUUCAAGUGGGCUCUGCCCGGGACACGCACGAGAGCACGCGGCAAUGUGACAAGCCCGUAUCGAAAGACAUGAACUCCUUCCUGUGGACCGUGAAGCGGCCUCGUCCUUUUCCACCGUCGUAUCUGUUUGGCACAAUCCACGUCCCGUACACUCGAGUGUGGGACUAUAUCCCAGAGAGCUCAAAACGUGCCUUUCAGACCAGCAACAGUGUAUUCUUUGAACUGGAUCUCACAGAUCCUUUAACCAUCUCCAAACUCACCAGCUGCCAGCUUCUGCCCAAUGGAGAAAACCUCCAGACGCUACUGCCACGGGAUCUCUACCGCCGCCUCAAGCGCCACCUGGACUACGUCAAACACAUGAUGCCCUUCUGGAUGACAGCAGACCAGCGCGGCCGAGGACUUUAUGCCGACUACCUCUUCAACGCCAUUGCGGGGAACUGGGAACGCAAGAGGCCUGUAUGGGUGAUGCUAAUGGUGAACUCGCUGACGGAAGCAGACGUCCGGUCACGGGGAACCCCCGUGCUCGACCUGUUCUUGGCACAGGAGGCAGAGCGUCUCGGGAAGCAGACAGGUGCUGUGGAGAGGGUGGAGGAACAGUGCCAUCCCCUGAAUGGACUGAACUUCUCACAGGUGUUGUUUGCCCUGAACCAGACUCUACUGCAGCAUGAGAGUUUGCGUGCAGGCAUUCUGCAGGGCACCUUUACUACAGAGGACCUCAUUGCACACUACAAUUGUGGAGACCUCAACUCCAUCAUCUUCAAUCAUGACACAUCCCAGCUUCCGCAUUUCAUCAACAGUUCUCUGCCAGAUCAUGAGCGCUUGACGGCGCAGCAGAUCGACAGUUACCUGCGGCAGGAGCUCAUUUACAAACGCAAUGAACGAAUGGCCCGCCGCGUCUCCGCCCUCCUUCAGAGAAACCCCAACCAGAGCUUCUUUUUCGCUUUUGGAGCUGGUCAUUUCCUGGGGAAUCAUAGUGUACUGGACAUUCUGCGGCAGGAGGGCUAUGAGGUGGAGCACACACCACCACAAGAGCCCAUCAUACAGAGCUGGUCUGAGCGGGAGGCGACCACACUGAAUCCCACCGAAGACAGCUUCGAGUCAGUGACAGAAUGGACAUCAGAGACUCCUGAGCUGGAGGAGAUCAGCCAGGAAGAACUCUCCCAUAUGCUGCUGCCUGACAGUCUCAGCCAGCUAGAGGAAUUUGGCCGCUACAAGCAUCCUCGUAAAACCCAUCAUACGCACAGUCGACCUCGGCUGUUCAGCGACCUGUGGGUGCGCAUAGGAGACAGCACGACUCCACACCCAAGCAUAAGGAUAACCAAUGGCUAUGUGACGGUGGAGCCUCCUCAGAUACGACAGGAACAGCAACAAAGACUCAGAGAAAGACUGAAGCCUCUCAGUGAGCCCACAAACCCCAGCGCACUUGACUCCGCUGCUCCAAACCCAACAUAUGCGCUGACUUGUUUUUUGGCCUGUCUCAUUUCACAACUGCUUUUUGCUUCCUAAAGAGGAACUGGGUCUCUUGGAAGCUCACAAUCCAACAAGAAUUUUAUCUGAGUGACUUCGUCUGUGGUAAAAAUAAAUGGCAGUUAAGUACAUUUAGGUACUGCUUAGAUCAAUUUUUGGGUGUCUGCCUACAAUAAAUUAGUUGCCGCAGUAUGUAACACAACACGAAUGUGAGUAAUUCUAAUCGUUGCAUCUGGUAAAAUAGUAGUUGCUAAGAAUAACAAUAAGAGAAAAGCUAGAACAUUUUGUUAUACUUAUGCAAUGUCUCUGGCCAGAGUUGAUUCAUGAGAAUCAGAUUGUACUUUUAUGUGAAUUCCCAGAUGACUGUACCCUUUUGCCCCAUGAGUGCAGACAGCAAAAUAUGAAUGUCCUUUUUUCUGAUGAGUGAAAUGGGCAAAAACAAAUAUACCAAAUGAUCAGUAUGAUAUAAUAGAGACUGCUAUUAUGUGGUAUGGUCACUGGCAGAUAACUAAAUGACUUAAUAGUUCACAGAGAUGGUACUUAUAUUUUGUAAAUUGUGCAUUUGUUCAUACAGAAAUUUUAUAUUUAUUAUUUCAUGAAGAGUAUAUUUUCAUGCAUUUCUCAAGUAUUAAAGUCAACAAAGUUAUGUAAACAA